GAAGGAGCCCAAGCUCGAGAGAAGAUAGUUCUUUAAGAUUGAUCCUCCGCCCUGAGCAGACAGCCUCGCGCUCUCUCACAGGCUCGCUGCUGCUUUGAUCUUCCCUUAACAACAGUCACGUCAUAGGGGAGUUUUGUCAAGCGGAGCUGCAGCGAGAGUUUUAGAGGGUUCCGCAGAGGCAGCAAAGCAUCCACGGGACCAGUGUCCGACACGAGAUCUAGUUUUCUUAUUUUUUUGUCACCGCUUAACCUCGGGCACCACUGAAGACAUGGAACACCAGUUGUUUUGCUGUGAAGUGGAUACCAUUAGAAGAGCUUACCAAGAUAGCAACCUGUUGAAUGACCGAGUUUUACAGACAAUGCUCAAAGCAGAGGAAAACUAUCUUCCAUCACCAAAUUAUUUCAAGUGUGUUCAGAAAGAAAUCGCACCUAAAAUGAGGAAAAUCGUCGCCACAUGGAUGCUCGAGGUCUGUGAAGAACAGAAAUGCGAAGAGGAAGUUUUUCCGUUGGCUAUGAACUACCUGGACCGAUUUUUAUCUGUGGAGCCCACCAAAAAGACCAGGUUACAGCUGUUAGGUGCAACUUGUAUGUUUUUGGCCUCUAAGAUGAAAGAGACUGUGCCACUAACAGCAGAGAAGUUGUGCAUAUACACGGACAACUCCGUCCGUCCCAGCGAAUUAUUGCAAAUGGAACUGCUGGCACUAAAUAAACUGAAGUGGGAUCUUGCCUCAGUCACACCACAUGAUUUCAUUGAACACUUCCUCGCCAAACUGCCUAUACACCAGAGCUCCAAGCAGAUACUGCGCAAGCACGCCCAGACGUUUGUGGCCCUCUGUGCAACAGAUGUUAACUUCAUCGCAAGCCCUCCAUCCAUGAUCGCGGCCGGCAGCGUUGCUGCAGCAGUGCAGGGGUUGUACCUGAAAAGCAGUGACAGUUGCCUCUCAUCCCAGAACCUCACCAACUUCCUCUCACAAGUCAUCAGAAGCGACCCUGACUGUCUGCGAUCGUGUCAGGAACAGAUCGAGUCCCUGCUGGAAUCUAGUCUCAGACAAGCUCAGCAGCACAACAUCUCCACAGAGACCAAAAGAGUGGAGGAGGACGUGGACCUCUCUUGCACUCCCACAGACGUCAGAGACAUUAAUAUCUGAACGGAUCGCUAUUCAUCUUGUGUGCGAUGAAUCUCUUCGUCUUUGUUUCUAUUGGGUAUGGGCUUUGGCCAAAAGCUUCAUGGGACAAAUGGAAAAUGGGCUCCCACCUGCACCCCACCAUCCGACCAAUACCUCGACAACUUGCCCCUCAGCGCGCCCAAACUGUUGACUGCUGAGCGGCAUCCCCUGUGGUUUUGACGAUUGGGCUAUCGCUGGCCAGGACCACCAGUGGAGGACAAGGAAUGAAUGGAAAUCUCAAUUCUGCCCUUCGGCCCCCCUCUAUGUCCUAAGUCAAAAAUAAAACAAGCAAAAAUGGUAUAGGCUAUCUAGGAUUUUAAAAUUGUAUAAACGACAACAGUAGUUGUGACUUGCCCUGACUUGUCGCUAAAAAAAAACAACGUUGGGAUUUUUUAUUUCAAGUGUGUCAAAAACUAUUUUUGAAAGAGAAGAGAAGAGACGUUUUUUGUAUGUUCGAUUUCUUUCUCUCAUAGAUAGUACCUUGUUACACUUGCUACGAGUGCUCCCUGCUUUUUCUGCAGUCUAGCCGUGUAAAUAUAUCCCCGCUUGCCAUGCCUUUAGUCACUUUAUUAUAAUUCCUAGACAGAUUCCCUAACAAGAUUCUCUUCUCUUCCAAAAUGGUUUAUGUAUCUUUAGUAUAUUUUUUACGCAUGUAUUUUUGUUAUGAUCUAGAAGGCUGUGGAUUGCCAGGGACUGAUGUUUUAACUUGAGGCCAGACGGAAACAUUUCUUUGAACCGUUAAUGCCUUCACUGCCAUUUAUGUAUAUCGUCAUCGCUGCCAUGACACAAUAAGCUUAUGUUGUACCUGCUCCCCGGCUAAGCUUGCAGUGCAGUCCACAGUCUGAUUUAGUUUAGAUUCAUGUAUUAUCUAAAACCAUUCCAUUUAAAAAAGAAAAAAAAAGCACUUUCAGUCCGUCGUUUAAGGCUGACUUUUAGAAAAAAAAAACAAAAAAAGAAAGAAAUCCACAGUUGUUAAAACAAUGGGGGGAAACCAUGGAAUGGAGGAAGGGUUGACGGAGCAGGUCUCUUUAUCUAUGGUGUUAGUGGUCUGUUAGAGAAAGAAGAAGAGGGGGACAUUGAGAAGAUAUUUGCUCGUUGAAGGCUUAAACUGAAGCCUACAGUGUAGUUUGUGAUCUUCCUGCGAGAACGAAUGGAUGCUAGGGAACGUUUAAGGUGCGAUCCCACAGAACGCAUGUAGAGCUAUUGAAACACUACGAUGUUAAAUCAAAGAUUAAGAACUAUUUAUUUUUUCAGUUCCCCUCUUAAGGCCAGUAUGCACGAAUGCCCAAGUGUACCUAUGUUUGAAGUAUGCAUAAUGACCCGCUAGUUGCUAACUCGUGACACCAUAGUUAAAGUAUUUUUCCGAGUUGAUGUACUCUGGUCUAGCUAUUGUUAAAACAAAAGUUGUGGCUUCAAGUAGAUUUUGCACAAACCCAGAGAUGUCAGUUGUCUUGUGGAUCUCUGGAAGGGGAGGAAGAUGAGGAGGAGAGAUGUUAGAGAUGGUAGAGGGAGGCAAAAAAGGGUGAUGGCUGGACAUCAAAGAGUUAAAGCAGAACUGAGACUUUUGUACCGUGAGGAAUAAAUUAAGAGGAGACACUCCUCAUUUUUAGCUGCUAUGGAGGGAUUUCCAGCAAGUAUGAAACUUUCAAAUGGAAAACAACAAAAAAGAAAAAGACAUGCUUCUUUCUCUUGUCUUGUUUUUGCUGCUAUUUUUGGUUUUGUUUAUAUGAAAUGUCAAUACAAUGCCAUGUAAUAGGUUUUAAUUUUCUCAUAGAAAAUUAUGAUAUUAUUGAUAACUUUGGUUCUUUUGGUAGGUUUUUUUUUUUUUUAUGUGAUCAAUUUUUGUUAAUGUGAUUUCUACGCUAUGCUAUUCCCAAAACAAAGAAACAAACAAAAACAAAAAACAACAAAAAAGCAGACGAAAAAUAGUCAAAUGUUCCUGUUAUACCCACAAUACCUCAAACUACAGUCGUGAUUUAGCAUUGAUUUAGUCUGGGAUUUUUCUUUAGUGCUAUUUUUAUGUUGUUUUAUUUUAUUUUAUUUUAUUGUUUUUUUUUUGGUUUAUACCGUGCCUGUUAGUCCUGUUGUAAAAUGCAAAUGAACAUGUUAAUCAUCAUCCUACUGGGUCCUGAUGCGAGCGAGUAGAAAGCACAUUGAAUGGAAUUGGUGCCAUAAACUCUUUUGAGUUUUUUAGCUGUUUCAUUAAAGGAGACUAUAUACCCACUUAAGCCUCUUCUAGCCCAUCUUGAUGAGUUUAUGGAGCUUGUAUUUGAAAAAUGACACCGUUAUGAGUUUGUGACUGCCAUGUGUACUUACAAAGCCAUUGUUUUGUCUUGUAGUAAUUUAACACAGUGCAGAUAUUCAUGUAUACGUGGCUGCUUAGUCGUGUUCUGAAUACAAGAGACCUGGCAUGUCCACAUUAAGUCGUUGUCUUAAUAAAUGCGACGCAGCUACAAUCAGCAGUGAUGUUUUCCUUCAUCUUUUUUGCAUAAACCCAUCAAAUUUGUAUCCUUGUAAAGUUCCAUAUAUUCAGUACUCAUGGGAUUCUUUACUUGGUUGUUUGUUGAUUGGUUGGUUAGUUUCACUCCCUUUAGCCUUUGACAUGGUGCUGCUAUAUGUUUGCAUUGAGUCUAGAAAUGAUUUGCUGAAAGAGAUGCGACGAUAAGCUAGGAAUGAUGGAAGAGGUGAUUCAGGACCCAGGGGACACAGAUAUGUUAUCCUCUGUAGUAUCAGGAAUCUAUUUUACCUCAAGGUGGAAAUGAAAAUUCAACUGAAUGAUGAAAACUAGCAUGUAUACCGGUGCGAUUCACACCAGGAGACUGUCAUGCAAUCGAGGGAAAGAGACUACGGAGGUCCUAAGCUUUUCUCUUGAAUGUGUUUAGGGGGUAUUGAGAAGUGAUUGACUGCAUCCUCCCAUCCCCACAUGAUAAAAGCUUGGCCUUGUGUCUCAAUUCUGUUGUAAACAAACCUGUAGUGUCUUUUAGUUAAAUAUGGUAUUCAUUCCCAAGGAUCAAGGAUGUCAUGGUUUGAUUUUUGUUUUUUAUUGUUCACAAACCGGUCACUGGUCUGAAAUGCACAAUCUUGCUGACCCAUCUUAGACAUGAGGUUAACUAGAAUAAAAA